AUGGACGGCGACGACGAGCCGGCCAUGGCGUACUUCCUGCCCAACGGCAUCGCGGACGACUCGCCGCCCAAGCAGAGCCGCAUCAAGGCGAGUUUCGGCCCCAUCGGCGGCCGCUUCGCUGCAUCGACCAGCAGCCAAUCGACAGCCGCGUCUUCUGCGAGUGCAGCCUCGGUCUCCGCAGCUUCAGGGUCCUCGAACUCGAGGAGUGACGUGGAGUUCAGUGGACUACACACGCGGCCGCGUCCGACGCUGGAGCCACCGCCGUUUGGCGCCUCUGGGGACUCUUCGGCCCCCUCACGCCCCACCAACUUCUUGCUCUCCGACCUGGGAGGGGAGAUCCACACGCCGCGAGCUUCGCGGGAUUUCGGGGACGCUGGAGGCUCCACGCCGACUGCCAGUCGCCCCUUUGGCUUCCCGGGACCUUUCGGCCCUGGACUGGGCGACGGAGGGGCAAUUGGAGGCGCUGGGGCCAUCAGAUCCCCGACCUCCUCCAUGUUCGACAGAGGCCAGGCCGCGGCCAAGAGCUUCACCAUGCAGGGAGAGGGCAGGAGGAGCUUGGGCGCGGCGUCGUCCCCUUAUGGCACUGAAGCGCAGCAGCUCUAUCCAGCCAGGACCUCCAACUUGCCCUCGUAUUUAGGGGCGGCAGACACCGACAGCCCCUUUGGCGGAGGAGGAGGCUCCAUGAGGACGUGGCCCUCCUCCGCCACGGAUGUGUCACAACCACGACGCGUGUUACAGCGACCGCCCGGACUAUCAGGCCCACCAGGACUCAGUGAACCCAGUGCGAUGGACGGGAUGCAGCCGCGUAUGCGGUUGGGCAGUGCAGGCGGGAACAUGAUGCAGCAGCGUCAGUUCGGACCUUUCCAUCCAUCGGCGUCUUCUUCCCCCAUGGCGGCAGGUGGGGCGAACCAUACGAGGACCUUUUCGAGCGGUGAAGACCAGUACGGGCCUAGUUUACUGUCGAGCUUGAGGCUGUCGUCCGGUGUGUUCGGAGACAACGAGGCGCGUGGCGUGUCGAACCCGGAUCUGGCGGAGCUGAACACACACUCGAUGAAAGUGGGCGAGAUGGACGGGACGCGGAUCCGACAUGCGGUCGACUCGCCGUCGGCGCCCUGGGAGAACCGAGAGCCCACGACGUCGAGACGAAUUGAUAUCCAAGCGAGGUCCAAGACGCCGAGGAGCCCGAAGAAGUCGCGGGAUGCCAGGAGGAAAUCGGAGAGCAGAUCCGAUUUACGCGCGAAGGCCUUGGAGUUUAGCAUGGACGCGAUCAGUGCUUUCACUCCGGGAUCGCCAAUGAGGCCGAAGCGAACGGAACGAGGGCGGAAGAUGGCGUCCCCCGCGACUGGGUAUGAGAAUUCUCCUUCGACAGUUGAGACCAGUCGUGAUCAAUCUGCGCCAAGGGGCAAGCGCCGCAACCAGGCGGAAAAACUCGCAGCAGCUGCUGGAUAUUCUGCUGGAAGUGACAAUUGGAGGAAGGGAGCUGCAAAUCAAACCGAAGAGCCGACCCCUACCCGUGGCCCCCCUCCAGGUUUGGAGACGGAAGGUAGCCCUGUGAAGGUGCCCCCACGAGAGGCUGGCAAGCCGAGGCGCAGGGAGGAGAGCAAGCCAUCGAAUCGCAACACCACUUCCAGAAGAAAUUCCACGCGAGGAAAUGACAAGGGACCGAGCACAACUCGCCGUCAGGUGUAUCGCGAAAAGCAGGUGAAGGAGAGCAUGAAGGAGGCGUCGUCACCUGAAGAUAUCGCUCCAGCCUCAAGUGCAGCAUCACAGUCGCCUCAGAGAAGCCAAGCGAGUGCGAACAGCGCGAAGUCUGAGGCACAGACUUCCGAGAAAAAGUCGAGCAUCGCCCAAAGUGCGAAGAAUGUUACCACUUCUCCGGUCAAGUCUGCUGCUGUGCCCCAGGCCGCGAAGUCUAAUGAUGUGAGCACCAAGGCUGAUGCUGAAGUAGCUACUACGACCAAGAUUCGGUCGGCAAUCGAGCACGGUGAUGGUGUGGAAAGUGGGACUCCCGGUGAUGUGAAGAAUGCGAGCAUUGGUCAGAGUGCAAGUUUGCCUGAAACGGUUGGCCAGUCUCGUCAAACACCACCAGAUGAAGCAGCAACCAGCACUGAGCGUGAAUCAUCUUCGUCGAGUGACGUGCCCGACGACGCGCAGGAUGCAGUGAACGAGCAAAGCGACUCGCACCAGGAGAGCGUCGUAGACGCACCAGAAUCGGAGGAAAUAUUGUCGCCAGUCGAGAGCUCUGAGGAUGAUGCAGUACAAGUCCCGGCUUCCGCACGAGAGCUACCGGCGACACAUUCCAAGAAGUCGAAGCGUAAACCUGCCGCUACGACUGCCGCUAGUGCUGAUAGCAGCCCAGCUACCCCUCAAAUUGAGACCGAGCUUCUUAGCACGCACGAACCGGUUUCAGCGCCUCUUGUGGAAAAGAAGCAUGCUGCGAAGGAGCAUCGCAAGGAGAAAUCGAAGAAGGAUAAGGCGGAGAAGAAGAAACCGACUCGGGGCAAGAAGGACAAGAAGGGAGCGUCAUUGAUUUCCAAAGCUGCUGAUACAGUUGGUGGCUCCUCGAGUGAAUCGCAAGACAAGAUACUGGAAGAUCUAGCCACUCGAGGCCCCCCGCUAUCUGCUCGGAUCCGGCAGGGGCUGCGCAAGGGAGGCUCGGCUGCAGCUUCAGCUGGACUAGUUGCUUUUCAUGAAACCCGACGUGGCUGUGCCUGGGCUGCUGGCCGCUUGAACAUCAAGGGGCUGCUCGCCACUUCAUUCUCGUACGUGGAGUCGGUGCUCGCAGUGGUCUUCAGCGUGCUGCUACUCCUCUCGUUGCACGCAACGUCGUGGUUUAUCCAUAUCCACCGGGUGGCGUUCCGUGCGAUCCUGACGCAUCGUCACAUUGGAUUCUGCUUCGCAUUCCUUUACGGAUUCCCUUUCCUGGUGCAGUAUGUAUUCCCGUGGGCUCCUCCCUGGGCGCCGGUUUGCCUUUGGUAUGCUUUCCUCGUCCAGCUAUUCUGCACGAACGGACCCACGGCGAUGGUGACAACAUUCCGGGUAAUUCUGCCGCUGGUCUUUCUGGUGGAGGGCAUUUCCCACCACAGUUUCCUCUUGGAUCUCAACGGUGCGGAGCUACUGCUUACAUCAUUCAUCAUCUCUGCUUUGAAGACGAGCAACCUAUGCAGUCCCAUUUUCUUCCUAUCGUUGGCGACACAGUGCCUGCUUGCCGUGUUUUUGGGUUCUGAGCUGGUGGUGCAGUGGCUUCAACUGGCCCUUGCGCUUUACUCGCUUCAUGUCAUGGCCACCACCGACGAUGAAUGGGUUGGAAUCGGUGAAGACGAGGAGGAGCUUUCUUGCAACCCAGUGUCGAUGCAUCACUCAAUCGCAGAGUACAACCACCAACCGGCGCCGUCAAGUGCCGUGUCGAUCCAGAAAACCAAACGACUAGACCGCCGCGCGUUGGCGUACGUCCGCGGGCGUAAAUUUCGCUAAGGUAACUUACGUUCGUCAAUACAUUUUACAUGCCGU